AUGGAGACUCGCACAGAUAUUCGCCUACAUACUCGUGGAUGGGAAAGGGGAGGUGUCCCCAAUGAAUGGCGCCUCAAAGGAGGUAUAAAUGCGUUGGUGAUGACUCUUAAAAAGAAGCACCGCUAUGAUUUAUACAAUGGCAAAGAGUCUCUCCAGGCGAUCAACCACCAGCUGGAACCCGAUCGUCUCCGGAUCAUAUUGGGGGACAAUCUAUGUCAACAGGUAACAGUCCUGGUCGAUUCGGUUCAUCGUUCAUGUGCGCAACUAUCCACGAUCUUCAAAUACCCCGAAACUGCCGAACUAGUCCUCGUGGUCGAGGAGCAGAUCCAGAUGUGUCUCUCUGUACUCAGGGCAAUCGCCAAAGUCAUCGCUGGCGAUGCGGAGGAAAUUGUGUUCAAUGUGACGCAGUGGGUGAACGACACCCAGCCCAUCCGCGAAUUCAAUGACGUAUACGCAGAUAAGGCCACGGACAGGCUCCGACGGAAGAUUACCCUUCGUAGCGACGCCAUCGCAUACCGGGGACCUGUCAUUUUGGCCGCUCUUCUAAAAGUACUCGAUGAGGUCGACCCAAGCACCAAGCAUGAGCGCAUGCUGGCUCGUAUCGAUCGGGAACGAGCCAGAAUUUCGCCAUCCGAGGACGAUCGAGAGGCCAGGCAGGAAAGAAUCGAAGAACUGGAACAGGAGAGAGCGCGCCGGCUCCAAGAGAUACAAACUUAUAUAGCCGAGCUGCCGCCACGUGAGAUAGUCUUUCUGGCAUAA